CAUCCCUGAGGGAAAAAACAGAAAUAUCCGAGAAGAGCGCGGCCAAGGAAUAGCGAGCGGGGAAAGCAGUAAAGAGGAAAUAACGCGGAUAAACCCGGACUAAAUCAUAAGGAUAAUAAGUCUGAGAGCGACCAGAACCGAGAACUGCACGGUUAUCGAGUUCCAAUGCCUCUCCACAAGUCGGGCCGGGCUGUCCGGCUGGAUCCCACCAUGAUCUCUGCUCCACUGGGGGACUUCCGUCACACCAUGCACAUCGGCCGAGGAGGAGACGCCUUCGGAGACACAUCCUUCCUGUCAAACUGCGGCCCCUCCAACCCGGAAUCCUCAAAGUCCAACACAGACGAGUCUUUACAGUCAGUCUCAUCACCCACAUCCACCACUGCCGACCCGCCAGAGAUGAGGCUGAGCUGUGACGACAGCGUGUCUUCUGACGGAGCUUUUCCCAAACUCCAUCAUUCAGAAUCAGUCUCGUCCUUCGACCUGGAUCUGGACUUGGGUCCAUCCAUUCUGGGAGAUGUUCUCGGGGUGAUGGACGGGCUCGGGCUGGGCUGUGAUUGGACGACGGGCAAGGAAGGUGAAGAGGAAGUGUUUAACCCCAUUAAGAUCUCCGCAGACAGUGGGUCCAAUGAGCUGAAUGAGCUGAACGAGGUCAACGGGGUCAAGUCCAAAGGCCUGAGGCCCAAGGUCCGGUUCAGCGAUAAAAAAGAGGAAAUUAUCGGCCGGCAGUUCGGAAAUGGUGACGGGUCAGAGGUGGAGUUUCAGAAGGAAAGAGAAAUGAGCCCAAGUGCCAAUGUUCACAUGAUAGCAGAAGAAAUGGCCUAUAAAGAAAUGGCUAGCAACGAUGUGGCGGAAUCUACCAAUCACAGAGCAGAUCACAGCCCGAGCCCCUCCUCCUCGAUGAGCUCAGAAUACGAGGGCAUCUCCCCAUUGGACAGGAGAAGAGAGGAGGAAUCGGCGUCAGAGGAAGAGUGCGUGUCUGGAGAACAGGGCUACACGUUCGAGGACGAAUCCGACGACGAGAUCGGCCUUUAGGAGAACCGAGUGCCAAUUUGCGGGACCAAGCACAGAAAAGUCUGCUCAGCAGAACGCUUUUCUAAUCAGCAUUCCAUAGAAGGGAGAAAUAACCAAAGCUAAACAUCUGGAAAACUGGAUUCUGAUCAUUAAUAGGUUAAUAAUAAGUUUACACACAUAAAGAUGAGUCACAGCUGUCUUCCAGUGCUGCAAGCUUUAAGAUAACCAAUGGUAGAAAUUAUGUAUUUAGGCCUUCGAACCAGUGUCUUACUAAGGCUAAUGCUUCACGGUUAGCACUAUUGUAUCAUGGGGAAACGACAGAAUUUUAUAUCAGUUCUUCUUUUAGUCAUGUGUUUAAUAUUUAAUACUGUAAAACAGCUUCGAUAAGUAAUUAUACGUAUUUCAGGUUCAUCAUGUGUAUCAUACAAAAAGUAUACAUUGUUAAACUGGGAAAGUUUUCAACUCGUUUUUUGGGAAUGUAGCCAUGGCAUACAAUGUAGUCUGUGAGUAAAAUGACUUUUUAAUAAAAUGAUCUCAAUACCAAAACGAGUGGUUGAGACACACAGCAGCAUACCCAGAA